AUGUUUGCGUUUGCUUUCCGUAAAGCUCUCCUGUGGGUCAACUCAGACUUGGAGCCUUAUACCACCUAUGAGUACAGAGUAUCGGCCUGGAACAGUUAUGGGCAUGGCUCCAGCAACAUCACCGUGGUGACAACCAAUGAGGACACGCCCUGGGGAGUGGCCCCGCCCCGCUGGAGUCGCCUAGGCGACCGUGAUGACGUCGUACAACUACAUUGGCAGGCUCCCGCCAAGCCCAAUGGUGACAUCAGCCACUACGUGGUGCUGCGUGACGGACAGGAGCGUUACCGAGGAGACGAGAUGAGUUUCACAGACGUGGGCGGGAUCCGUCCGUUCCAGGAGUAUGGGUACCGGCUCCAGGCCUGUAACACCGCCGGUUGCAUCGACAGCUCACAGGUCCUGGCUGUAACAGUCCAGGGGGUACCAGAGGAGGUGGGGUCUCCCAUAGUUACAGCUCUGGGUCCUGGCUCUCUAAGGCUCAGCUGGGCCCCUCCCUCAAAAGCCAACGGCAUCAUACGACUCUACCACAUCAACAUGACUGGCACCGGGACAAUACACACACACACACCCUCGGACGGACCGCUCAACUACACUGUUACAGGUCUGCAGCCCCACUCUGACUACAGCUUUGUGUUGGUGGCCUGUACAGCGGUGGGCUGUGGAGCUAGUCAGCCAUCUACAGGACGCACUCUGCAAGACGCUCCCACAGGUGUGUGGUCCAGCCCUAGACAUGUGGUGGUGAACUCUACAGCAGUAGAGCUGUACUGGGACCAGCCCUUACAGCCUAACGGACAUGUGGCCAGCUACCGGCUACUCCGAGACGGUGUGACUGUGUUUGCUGGAGACAGCCAGGAUAACAACUACACAGACACACAACUGCAGCCCAACACCAGGUAUGUGUUUGUGUUGGAGGCCAGUACCAAGGGCGGUAGUGGUUUGAGUGACAGGUACGUUGUCCAGACACCAGUCUCCUCCCCUCUGGGAGUCCCGCCCCCUCACAACGUCACCGUGUCCGGCCCCCGCUCUCUCUUCAUCUCCUGGACACCCCCAGGUGUGUUCAACACCAGUCUUCCUCUGUACUACAACAUCCUGUUGAAUCCAGGAAGUGCCAGGUCUGUGAUGCGUACGGUGGGGCAGGACCAGUACCUCAGUGUGUCUGGAUUAGACCCCUACACCCAGUACCACAUCAGAGUCCAGGCCUGCCAAGCCGAGGGGUGUGGGUUGGGUGAGGGGGUUUAUGUGCGUACCUCUGAGGCCCCUCCGGAGGACAUGGACCCCCCCACAGUGACAGCAGCAGGAGCCACAGUCAUCCAGGUCUGCUGGACACCCCCCCACAAGCCCAAUGGACUCAUCACCUCAUACUUCAUACACAGGCGACCAAUGGGGACGCAGGAGGAGCUGCUGGUGUUUAUCUGGUCCAAUGGGCCGCUAGAGUUCAUCGACGCCAGCGACGCCCUCCAGCCCUUCAGACAAUACCAGUACAGAGUACAUGCCCACAACUCCCGGGGCUCUGCUCACAGCCAAUGGGCUUCAGCUGUCACCAUGGAGGCGGGUCCAGAGGACAUUGCUCCUCCUAUUGUCACACCGACGAGUGCGUACUCAGUACAGUUGAACUGGACACAGCCUGGACAACCCAAUGGAAGGAUUUCACAGUAUCACCUGGUGUACAGAAAACAGCACACAGACCCCACUCUCAACACCUCUACUAUUACUGCGCUGACUGUACCGGGCAGUACUCUCCAGGCCAGUGUGUAUGGCUUGGAGGCGUUCAGUGUGUACAGUGUGCGUGUGGAGGCAGUGAACGGGGCAGGCAGUGUAUCCAGUCCCUGGGUCAGCAUUAGGACCCUGGAGGCAUCGCCUGCUGGCCUGGCUAACUUCAGUCUGGAGCAGAGAGAGCAGGGCCGGGCCCUUCUGUUAACCUGGGACACGCCUCAUACACCCAACGGGGUUAUCACGAGUUAUAACAUCUACAGUGAGGGGAACCUGGAGUUCAGUGGUCUGUCUCGCCAGUUCCUGUUCCGUCGAUUAGAACCCUUCUCCCUCUACUCUCUGGUUCUAGAGGCCUGUACCUCCGCAGGCUGUACCCGUACCCUCCCUCAGUCUGUUACCACGGCAGCAGCCCCCCCGGGCGCUCAGCCCGCCCCCAUACCCAGCGCUAUUGGCCCACACAGCGUAGAACUCACCUGGAGCCUGCCCACUUAUCCCAACGGACCAAUAAGAGAGUACUUCCUGCUGGGGUGGAGUCUGGAUGAGGGGAGAAGGGGGAACAACGAGGAAACAACUGCCAAGGUACUGUUCCGUGAGAGUUCCACCCAGGCUUCUAGUUUCUCCCACACUGUGACGGGGCUGCGGCCCUGGACCCAAUAUCAGUUCAGUGUCCGCGUCCACAACCCCGCCGGACACGCAGACAGCCCCUGGGUUACCGUGACAACAAGACAGGCCCCCCCACAUGGCCUAACACCCCCCUCUGUUGUCCACAUGAAGGGGAACCCCUAUGAGCUCCUGGUGUCAUGGACCCCCCCACUGGAGAGUAACGGGGUGCUUCUCUCUUAUAGGAUCCAGAGAGACAACGUCAGUUUCUCUUUUAGUUUUGACCCCAGUGUUUUCAACUACACAGACGAGGACCUGUCUGCCUUCACCUCCUAUAGAUAUGCUAUUACAGCCUGUACUGCUGAGGGCUGUGUUACUAGUCCUGAAACACACGUAAAGACACUGGAGGCUCCUCCCGCUGCAGUGGACUUUCCCACCAUAACCAGCAUCACAGCUGAUAGUAUCAACGUGUCCUGGACCGUUCCAUUAAUACAGAACGGGGAGGUGACGCAGUACACGCUGGAGGCCAACGGAAAGGAGGUUUACCGUGGGAGGGGCUUGUCUGUGGUGAUGUCAGAGCUGCGGCCGCAUACACUCUACCGCCUCGUCCUAUUGGCUUGUACCAACGGGGGGUGUACCCCCAGCACCCCUAUCAAGGCUCAAACCCUUGAGGCCCCUCCUCGUGGUCUAAAUCCCCCCUCCCUCAAAGUCACCGGCCCAGAGUCUCUCGAAAUCACAUGGGGCGCACCGAAACACCCCAACGGUGUCGUCACCGGUUACGAGCUCCACCGGGACGGCCAGGUCAUCUACGUCGGCAGGGAAACGCGUUACCAUGACUUCACGCUGUUGCCGAGCGUGGAGUAUGGCUACAGCGUAACGGCUAACAACAGUCGGGGAGCAGUGACCAGCUCUGUGGCCAAGGCCAGGACUCACCCGUCCGCUCCCUCUGGUGUUGGGCCUCCCACACUGCAGCCUCUGGGGCCACGGCAGGUGAGGGUGGACUGGGAGCCCCCAGCGAGACCUAAUGGGGUGAUCGUCAGCUACACGGUAUACCAGAGAGACCCGACCCUGCCCUCAACAUACAGCUUCCUGUAUGACCCAGAACACAGCGCCUUCUCCAGACGCUCCAUCAUACUGAAGGAGCUCACAUCCUACCACAGGUACGAGGUGAGAGUGGAGGCGUGUACAGAGCUGGGCUGUGCCUCCAGUGACUGGGUCUCAGUGCUGACACUAGAGUCUCCUCCUACUGGCCAGACCAUACCACUGCUAGAGCUACAGAGAGAUGCCAGGGGCCUACAGACCGUCUUUCUGCUCUCUUGGUCCCCCCCAGCCCAGCCCAAUGGUAGAGUCCUACACUAUGAGGUCUAUAGGAGAGUGGGUCAGAACACUGAGGUUAGCGGGGGUGCAGCAGCGCUGGUGUGUAGGAAUGCUUCCUCAAUGUGCCGUGAUGCCGGUCUCCUGCCCUACACUGACUACCAGUACCAGGUUUGGGCGGUGAAUUCUGUUGGUCGUUCAGGAAGCCAGUGGGCCAAUGGGAGAACAGGUCCCGCUCCUCCUGAGGGUGUUGGCCCACCAACCUUCCUGCGUAUCUUAGCAACCUCGGCUGUUGUUGACAUUCGCCCCCCCACCAGGCCCAACGGCAUCGUCAGCCUCUACAGGGUGUUCUCACAGGGCCCCAACGCUACACACACACUGUUGUCAGAGGGGACAUCUCGUCAGCAGACCCUCCAUGAUCUGAGUCCAUACACUCAGUACUGGGUAGGAGUAGAGGCAUGUACCUGCUACCAGUGCUGCAGCCAGAGCCCUGUGAGUGAGCUGCGCACCCAGGCCUCCCCCCCAGCACACCAGCCGUCCCCUCGCCCAGUGGCUCUGACAUCACGCUCAGCACAGGUGGAGUGGGACGAACCGCUCGCCCCCAACGGACUCAUUGAGAGUUGUGAGCUGCACGUUCGUUCCUCCUGCCCCCAGCCUCCCCAGCCAGUCCCGCCCCUCUGUGUGGAGGGACCAAUAGAAACGCGGUUCUUCGGGCGGGGCAGGAAUUACAACGUGACAGGUCUGCAGCCCUACUCCAGCUACCAGCUCAGAGCUGCUUGUUAUAACAACAUGGGUAGUACCGCCUCCAACUGGACUACUGUUACUACACUAACUGAGGCUCCUCAGUAUAUCUCUCCAUUUGAGGUGUACAGUAACCUGACUAUGGUGUGGCUGGACUGGAGUGCCUCUUUCUCUCUGAACGGUCCUCUGAGAGACUACUCACUGAUAGACAACAACCUGAGAGUCUACAUUGGCUUCCACAGCUACCUCUAUAUACCUCGCACCUCAGAGAAGACCCUCUCCCUCCAGGUGACCUGUACUACAGACAUUGGCAGUGCCAGCACCCCUAUCAUCAGAUACAGUCCUGCUACAGGCAUGGGUCCGGUGGAGCCCACCCCAGGAGGGAAGCAGGGUGUGGGGACCCAGGGAGCUCCAGUCUACUCUGAGCUGUGGUUCAUCCUACUGCUAGUCCUACUGGGUCUCCUGGUCCUGGCUGUGCUGCUGGGCCUGGUGCUGAGGAGGGCCCUGAGGAAAGAACCCUUCAUUAGGGAACGCCCCCCUCUCGUCCCCCUGCAGAAGAGGAGCCAGGCAGGAGGAGACGCUUACAUGAGGCCGUAUUCUAGCAUGUGUUCUAAACACCACGCCAGUACUCUGCUCCUCACUGACCUCUCCACUGUUGCAUUUGAUACGGUAACAGACUGUCUAGAAGACAGCAACGUGACUCUAAAGAGCUACACUAUGAACUAUGAGGGCCUGACGGACAGUAAGAUUGUGGGUGGCGGCUCUCGAUUCAGCCCCAUGUCUGUCCUCCGCGUGCCCAGCCAAUCACAGCUCAGCCACGCCUACUCCCAGAACUCUCUGCACCGCAGCGUCAGUCAGCUGAUCGAACAGGACAGGAAGUCUCUGAUGGGGGAGGGAGGACAAGACUCUGGACUGUAUGUGGAGGAUGAUGAGUUUGUUGAAGCCAUCAAAGCCUUCAGCUCUGUGAGGAAGGAACACACCAUGUUCACAGACACACACCUCUAGAUGGGGUACCCACACACCUACACACACACUACAACCACCAACAUCUGGGCUCUCGACAUACUACAACCGAACUGAAAACCCAGACCUCAACAUACUAACCCCCAUCAAAACAUGAACACAAACCAUGGACUUCAAACUGAAACCAGGAAACCCUGAUCUCAAGUUAGGAAUCCUGGAUUCAGAACUGAAAGAAUCCCAGGCUUUCUAAAAUGUAAAUACUUGUCAUUAUUACUUUAUGCCAACUGUCAUAACCUGGAAACAGCUAAACAUUUGUGUGGAACUCAAAGCAAUGCCUCUCACCUCUUUCAUUUCAAUCUAACAGUUAACCUACUGUAAGUGUGUGGUAACUGUGCCUAGUAGACCUAGCAUCAAGGACAUUUUUACAUGGUAUUUGUGACAAGACCAUUUUUAUAAUCAGUGUAAAAGCCAACUAUUUUUGUGUCUUAAAUAUAUCCACAAAUGUAUAAUCUGACAGUGUUUGGUUGAUCAAUGUUUUAGUAAUAUUUUUCUUGAGGUUAAGCAGAGUGCUGUGUGGUGCUUCGACACCUAACAUUGUGUUUCAAACUACACUACAUGACCAAAAGUAUGUGGACACCUGCUCGUCCACUCUUCUGGGAAGGCUUUCCACUAGAU